AAAAUCUACAUUAAUGGAUUUGUAUGUCAUAAUACGGUUCUGUUAUUGUUGUCUGUUAUAGUUUUCUGUUAUAGUUUUCUGUUGUGUGAAUAUUACAAGCAAGUUGACAAUGACAAAUACCUAUAGACUACACAUAAAAUCUUUACCAAAAAAAAAGUUGUUCAAAUGUGCCACAUCAGGAAAAAGUAAUAGAGUACGUUUUCUUUUUCAUUACCAAAAAGUGAACCAGAUUUUUUCCCUCCAUUUACUUUUUCUAAGCCUGGCGGAAUAUAGAAGACGAUGUCACCUUGACCUCUCUGUCAGAUCUUCAAGUGUUGGAAUGCCUGGAUGAUUACCGAGCCCUGAUGACCUUAAAAAAAAACACAAUUACUAGAAUAAAAAAAUAGGUCCCAGAGACGAUGGCACUUCAUCGGAAGUACUGAAGGCCAACCAAACACUCCUGCUCUCUCUAUUACCUCAUCUGCCGCUGCUGGACAUGCGUGACCUGUUUGAUGUAUUCUUUUCCUGCCUACUUCAUUAUUCCUACAACAUCAAAAAUGGUGUGUUCUUCCUACAACAUCAAAAAAGGUGUGUUUCUUCCUACAACAUCAAAAAAGGUGUGUUUCUUCCUAAAACAUCAAAAAAGGUGUGUUUCUUCCUACAACAUCAAAAAAGGUGUGUUUCUUCCUACAACAUCAAAAAAGGUGUGUUUCUUCCUACAACAUCAAAAAAGGUGUGUUUCUUCCUACAACAUCAAAAAAGGUGUGUUUCUUCCUACAACAUCAAAAAAGGUGUGUUUCUUCCUACAUCAAAAAAGGUGUGUUUCUUCCAACAACAUCAAAAAAGGUGUGUUUCUUCCUACAACAUCAAAAAAGGUGUGUUUCUUCCUACAACAUCAAAAAAGGUGUAUUUCUUCCUACAACAUCAAAAAAGGUGUGUUUCUUCCUACAACAUCAAAAAAGGUGUGUUUCUUCCUACAACAUCAAAAAAGGUGUGUUUCUUCCUACAACAUCAAAAAAAGGUGUGUUUCUUCCUACAACAUCAAAAAAGGUGUGUUUCUUCCUACAACAUCAAAAAAGGUGUGUUUCUUCCUACAACAUCAAAAAAGGUGUUUCUUCCUACAACAUCAAAAAAGGUGUGUUUCUUCCUACAACAUCAAAAAAGGUGUGUUUCUUCCUACAACAUCAAAAAAGGUGUGUUUCUUCAUACAACAUCCUCUGGAAAACUCUGCAAUGUAUCAAGAUUGAGGAAAAUAGCAGAAGCUAGAAAGGUAUUAAUCAGGGAACUCCUCUACGCUGAUGAUGCAUCUAUUGUUGCUGAAUCUGCUGCUCAGCUUCAAAUCCAGUUUGGCUUAAAUAUUAGUCAAAGCAAGACCAAAAUACUGGUUCAAAACAAAAGCACUGCACCUCAUGUGACAAUUAAUGACCAACCACUAGAAAUAGUUGAUUCGCUACUAGAUAAAGACAUCGAUUACAUGAUAGUCAAGGCAAUGGGCACCAUGUCAACGACUGCAAAGUGUGGGACUACCAAUACUAGAGCUCUAGUCUACCGGACCUGUAUAACGAACACUCUGCUAUUCGGUAUGAAACAUCCACCUACUCGUGGUAGGAAAAAAUGAAUAUCUUGCACCCCUGAUGCUUAAGGCGGAUUCUUAAAAUUAGGUGACAAAAUAAAAUAACCAAUGAUUAAGUGUUGCGAAGAGCAGGUGUUAGGACUUUUUGCACGAGGGACGAUUGCAACCCAUUCCAUGCUCUAAUAGCACUAGGGAAGAAGGAGCAUUUGUAAAAAUUUGUCCUAACAUAUGGAACCAGGAAUGUGCCUUUAUUUAGAACCCAAUUAGUCAUAGGAGUUCAUUGUUAACAACUCAGUGAGUCGUAUUGUAUUCCCAAAAGCAUUAAAUAUUUGCUUUCUUUUCUCU